AUACAACUUGCCAAAGUAUGAGGUGAGGGUAAUUAUUUCAAAACCUUGGUUUGAUCCCUAAACUAAAUAAGGAAAAGCGGCUGCACCGCGCAGAGCAGAACCCAAGUGGUGAAAGAGUGGUGGCGGAAGAUGACGGAGGUGGCCAGAUCAGUGGUGCACGACGUUUUGGGGCAAAGAGUCGACGACGUAGACCAGCCAAUCGUCGAUUACAUCGUCAACGUCCUCGCCGACGAUGACUUCGACUUCGGCCUCCACGGCCAAGGCGCCUUCGAAGCCCUCGGCGAGCUCCUAGUCGCCGCCGGCUGCGUCGACGAUUUCUCUGAGUGCCGCUCCGUGUGCAGCACGCUCUGCGACAAGUUCGGCAAGCACGGUUUGGUGAAGGAGAAGCCGGCGGUGCGAAGCCUGGCGGCGCCGUUUCGGAUGAACGAAGGAAUGGACGACGGAGAAGCUCCGAAGAAGAAGCCGGAGCCCGUGGACGGCCCUCUGCUAUCGGAACGCGACCGUUUGAAGCUGGAGCGGCGGAAGCGCAAGGAGGAGCGUCAGCGCGAGGCGCAGUUCCAGAUGCAUCUCGCAGAGAUGGAGGCCGCACGUGCGGGGAUGCCGGUGGUGUGCGUGCGGCACGACAACAGCGGAGGACCCAACGUGAAGGACAUUCACAUGGAGGGCUUCAACAUCUCCGUUGGUGGGCGCGAUCUCAUUGUGGACGGCGCCGUCACGCUUUCUUUCGGGAGGCAUUACGGUUUGGUGGGAAGGAAUGGAACGGGGAAAACCACUUUCCUUAGGCACAUGGCUAUGCAUGCCAUUGAUGGCGUUCCCAGGAAUUGUCAGAUACUUCACGUCGAGCAGGAGGUCACGGGUGAUGAUAUCACCGCCUUGCAGUGUGUCCUCAACUCCGACAUUGAGAGGACUCAGCUUCUCACCGAAGAAGCCCAGUUACUCGCCAAACAGAGGGAAUUGGAGGACAAAGUUGAAAAGGGUGAUUCGAAUGGAGUGGCUGAUAGGGAUGGCAUUUCAGCAAGGCUUCAGGAAAUAUACAAGAGGCUUGAACUCAUUGAUGCUGAUUCUGCAGAGGCAAGAGCGGCAUCGAUACUAGCGGUGAGUUCAUUAUUGGUUUCAAUAUCGAUACUAGCGGGUUUGAGUUUCUCUCCCGAGAUGCAGAAGAAGCCAACAAAAACAUUUUCUGGAGGAUGGCGGAUGCGAAUAGCUCUUGCUCGUGCACUGUUUAUAGAGCCUGAUAUAUUGCUUCUUGAUGAGCCUACGAAUCAUCUUGAUCUUCAUGCUGUCUUAUGGCUUGAAUCAUACUUGGUUAAAUGGCCAAAAACAUUUAUUGUCGUUUCUCAUGCUAGAGAAUUUUUAAACACGGUUGUUACUGAUAUAAUUCACUUACAAAACCAAAAGCUGACUACUUAUAAAGGGGAUUAUGAUACUUUUGAGAAGACUCGACAAGAACAAGUUAAAAAUCAGCAAAAAGCAUUAGAGGCAAAUGAGCGUGCAAGAUCUCAUAUGCAGACCUUCAUUGACAAGUUCCGUUAUAAUGCGAAGAGGGCAUCACUUGUUCAAUCCAGAAUCAAGGCUUUGGAGCGAAUGGGCCAUGUAGAUGAAAUUGUUAAUGAUCCUGACUACAAAUUUGAGUUCCCCACUCCAGAUGAUAGACCUGGUGCACCAAUUAUAAGUUUCAGUGAUGCAUCAUUUGGUUAUCCUGGAGGGCCCACUCUGUUUAGGAAUUUGAACUUUGGGAUUGAUCUUGACAGCCGAAUUGCAAUGGUUGGACCAAAUGGCAUUGGCAAAUCAACUAUACUUAAGUUAAUUGCUGGGGACCUACAGCCCAGUUCUGGAACUGUCUUCCGUUCUGCUAAGGUUCGUAUAGCAGUGUUCAGUCAGCACCAUGUUGAUGGACUGGACUUAUCGUCAAAUCCUCUUCUGUAUAUGAUGCGCUGCUAUCCUGGAGUUCCAGAACAGAAGCUUCGAGCUCACUUAGGUUCUUUUGGUGUAACCGGAAAUCUCGCACUGCAGCCAAUGUAUACUUUGUCAGGUGGUCAGAAAAGCAGGGUUGCCUUUGCAAAGAUAACAUUUAAGAAGCCACACAUAAUAUUGCUUGAUGAGCCAUCCAAUCAUCUGGAUUUGGAUGCUGUUGAGGCUCUUAUUCAAGGUCUUGUGUUGUUCCAAGGAGGCAUUCUCAUGGUGAGUCACGAUGAGCACCUUAUCUCUGGAAGUGUGGAGGAACUAUGGGUUGUAUCCCAAGGAAGAGUGACACCAUUCCAUGGCACAUUCCAAGAUUAUAAGAAGAUACUCCAAUCAUCCUAGGAAAGCAAGUUACUAUUAAAACAUUAUAUUUUUGUGGAUAGAGACUACUCUUUGGUAACUGGAAGACACCUGGAUGGCGUUUUUUUUGCUGACCGUGUAAGCCUUCAUACAUCGGAAAAUCUGUACAAUUUUGCAAUUUAUCAAAAACUAUGUAUAAAUAACCCGAUUUGAAUGCAUUUUUAUUAUUUAAUGAGCACCAGUGGUGAUGGUAA